CGGGGACCUCCGGGGAGUCCUAUGAUGGAGCUGAGGUGCUGGGGUAGUGACUGGGGACUUCCCUCCGUGCAUCCCGAGUGUCUGGUGGUGCUGGCUUAUGCAAGAUUUGCUGGCGCACCCCUGAAGGUAACUCCUGUCGACUACACAUGGGCAAGUCCAAAAGGUACUGUUCCUUUCUUGACAUCAGCAGGAGAAGAUACUCAUCAACCAGCCAAUAUUCUCAACUUUUUUAGAAAACAGAAGUAUAAUGCUGAUUAUGUAUUAUCUGCAAAAGAAGGUUCUGAUACCCUGGCCUACAUUGCCCUGCUGGAGGAGAAACUACUUCCUGCUGUGUUGCACACGUUUUGGGUUGACACUGAAAACUACUGUAAUGUUACAAGGCCAUGGUAUGCCUCCCGCACUCCUUUCCCGCUGAACUAUUAUCUGCCUGGGAAGAUGUCUAGAGAUGCCUUGGACAGAAUCCUGGUUACUAGAGGCCAGCCCCCAUUAUACAGUCUCUCAGAGGUGGAAGCACAGAUUUACAAAGACGCCAAAGAAUGUCUAAAUCUCUUCUCCAACCGCCUAGGAACAGCGCAGUACUUCUUUGGAAGCACGCCUACAUCCCUGGAUGCCUUUGUAUUUGGUUUCUUAGCACCACUUUAUAAAGCUCAUCUCCAUAAAGUUAAUUUGCAGCAGCACCUGAAGCAGCUUUCCAACUUGUGCCACUUCUGUGACCACAUCCUAAGUGCUUACUUUGUGUCAGAUGAUGCAGGCACAUCUGCUGCUGGGCAGGAGGCAAUAGAUGCAAACCUUCAGAAACUCACGCAGCUUGUUAAUAAGGAAUCCAACUUAAUUGAAAAGAUGGAUGACAAUCUUCGGAGAAGCCCUCAAAACCGCCCUCAAAAGUUAUCCACCUUAAAACCAGUGGGGGGUGCAGAAAACAGCCAUUCCUCAGAUCUUCUUUCACACUGAUUUGUGUCUUCCAUAUUGGAUUUCUGGGUGCUGGGCUGCAACCGGCUCGGCAGAACCAAGAUCGCACAGUCCAAAAUGACAGCUCAGCGCUGAUUGAAUUAACAAUACAUUGAGCUGUAAAAUC